AUGUCAUUCGCGUAUAAGCACGUUCUCCUCAUCGGAGCUACAUCUGGAAUUGGUCUUGCCAUGGCUGAAAGUCUUGUUCAAGAAUGGAAUAUCACCGUCGUCAGUCGUCGCAAGGAUCGGCUCGAUGAAUUUGUAGCCAAGCAUAGCGAUAUAGCAGAAUCCAUCUGUUUCGAUAUCGGUGACACUGAGAGAGCCUCUCAAUUUGCAGCUGACGUAUUCGAAAUAUCUCCUGGUAUCGAUUGCAUCUUCCUCAACGCAGGAUAUCAACGCAAACAUGAUUUUUCUAAGCCUGGAAGUGUCGAUAUCGAAGGAUUCAAUUAUGAGAUGCACGUGAAUUUUACCAGCUUCGUGGUAAUGACUCAUGUUUAUCUUCCGUAUCCUUUAGAGAAAAAGCAGAAGACAAGCUUCAUUUAG